CUCCGCGGCAUCAUGACGGUGGGCGCCCGGCUCCGAAGCAAGGCGAGCAGCUUGGUGGGCCGAGGGCCCCUGGGGCGAUUGCGCCGCGCCGGUGACGAGGAGACAGAUGCUAUCGUGGAGCACUUGGAGGGCGAGGACGAGGACCCGGAGAGCCAGGACUGUGAGCGGGAAGAGGACGGGCGGCGCGCCGGGACCCCGAGCGCACGCAGGGUGCACCUGGCUGCGCUGCCGGAGCGCUACGACUCCCUGGAGGAGCCGGCGCCAGGCGACAAACCCAAGAAGAGGUACCGGCGAAAACUGAAGAAGUACGGCAAGAAUGUCGGGAAGGCCAUCAGCAAAGGAUGCCGGUACAUUGUCAUUGGCCUACAAGGAUUUGCCGCAGCUUACUCUGCCCCAUUUGGAGUGGCCACCAGUGUGGUGUCUUUUGUGCGCUAACCAGAGCUGCAGGGGCAGGUGACACCAGAAUACUUCUGCCCAGGGGACAGUGUGAAUCCACCAGCACUUUCAGACUCGGACUCAUGGGAACUCAGAAGAGGAACCCUGCUUCGUGUGCUAUUGUUGAACUAGUUGACUGUGAGGCGGGAGCGAUUCCCGCUUAUCCGCUGAGCCACUCCUGGACUUGGGUGGAUCCAGGAGUCAGUUCUGCAGAGAAUUAGGCCAAGGUCAGGUUGGGGUUAGGAUUAGUUUGUUUCCUGUGCUAGAUAGAGCCUUCCGGGGAUACUGCAGGCAGGUCCGGGAUCUGAGUCAUGCGGAUAGUGGGUGAAUUUGAGGGAGGAGGACACAGACCUCUAAUGUGAUGGUUGCUAGUUUCUGAAAAGGUUGAGGGGCUGACGGCACUAGCCUUGGCCUCCCAUGAUCCUUUUACUAAGUACAGCAAAGGAGCUGUUUGUUUCAGAAGUCUAUCUCCCCCAUCUCUUUUCUCCACUCAGACUGUCAUCUGGGAGUUUAAUUACAGGUUUGGGAAAAAAGAAGGAAGGAAACCAUCUUUAAAGACCGUGAUGCUUUGUAACCCGAGUUCACAGCUGUGUGGGGACAAUUGAAAGAAUAUCAAAGUGAAUCAUUUUCACAGGUCUACAUAAGCAUGCAGCUGGCAAGGGGGGAGGGAGGUCAGGAUCAGAAGCAAGCUGGGAGGGAGACUGGAACAGGUGCUUUCAGAGCUGGAACCUGGGUCAGCACAGUCUGGGCCAGCUAUCCGGUUUUGAGCUGUCGUGACUGGCUACACCAGUUCGGGUAACGGGUGCCUAAGUCCCCCAUUUGAUUGAGGAGAGAGGAGGGAGAGAGACAGAGAUAGAGACAGAGACAGAGCGACAGAGAAAGACUCUGAAUGAGACCUGACGUAUAUUUAGAGGAGGAGACAGUAAGUGAGAGGUGGGCAUGAAGAAAGGAGAAAAAGGGCAAGAACGACAUUGGGAAAGCAGUGGCGGUUGGGAGAGCUGGGCUGGUUGUGUGUAAGACCAGAGGGAGCUGGGAGACCAGAAUCACCAGGGUAGUUUAGUUCACACCUCUGAGGCCAGCAUCUUACUUGGAUUCAAAGAUUAAUAUAGGCAAGAGUCCCAGGCUUGGCACACACCAAUGAUGGUUCAUGGACUACCAUGGAAUGAUGGGAGAAGUGGAGAAAAAAAAAUCUUGUGCUGGUGUGUGUCACAACUGUUUUUAAAGUACCCCCACAGAGAGGUUCCUCUCACCAUGACCAUUGGCCAACCCCAACAGCAGGCCAGGAGUACAGCUUUGCUUCUAUAAUAUUCAAGAUCCGGAGAAGGUUUCGGGACCACUCUGCAGCAUCCGUGUCAGCCUUUUGGCCUGAGGCUUCCUGGGGCACACAAAGCCGUGUUGCUCAGACAUCACCCACUGAGUCCAACCAUUAGGCACUGGUGGGUAGGGUGGGAAGAUGGACAGAAGGACAGGUGGAGAAGACAGUAGCAGUUGCCCAUUUAGACUCAGCACCACUCUGGAGGGUCCUGCUGGAUAUGCAGAUCUGGGAAAUAAGUAGUCUCGAUUUAGCCUCAGCAAUUACUGCUUACGUGCAGGGUCACAUCUGUGACACAGUGACACUUGCUUGAUGGCCCCAGGAUGGGAAGUGGGAAGUAAAUAGGAGAAAGGGCCACAUGCAGUCAGCUGCAACGGGGCAGGCAUGGGUGGCUUUGCGGGGUGCCUCUCCUGCCACCCAAUGCCACUGAACCCCAGGGAGCCCACAGCGGAGCCCCAAGGAGCCCAACAACAUUCUGCCAGGCAGGGAGAGGUGUGGCGGCCAGGGAAGGGAUGGACAGUCAAUGCUGCUUCCUUCCCUCCAAGUCUCUUCCUCCCAAAUCAUAAAGGCAACAAAGCAAAGUUCGUCUGGCCUGGUGUCUCUCAAAGUCUGGCUAAGAAUUAAUGCAAAAUGUCCAAAGUCAAAAGCUCUCGGGGGCUGCCCUGGGACUCUGCCAGGUUUGAGGUGGACUUCAGCCCCUGGAGCAUGCUCUGGUCACAUCCCCUGUGUGGGACUCUUGGUUCUGUGAGCCUGGUUCUUCCAGCACGAAAACUCGGUUCCUGCUGCAGACUGUUCCUUUUCGCUUUUUCUGGUUAUUCUCUUGCGUCCGGCAGCAGGGCCCACACCCCACUGCAACUGAGUUUAAGAGCUUGGCUUCCCCAUUAUGGCUUCCAAACCCUUCCUCUGUAUCCCUUCUUUGCUUUUAGUGUAAAUAAAAGUUCCAGCUUGUCUAA